CAGGAUGACAGGGACAGAUGUGUUUGGAAUUACCGUACCGCUUAUAACCAGUACAACUGGAGAUAAGCUGGGAAAGACUGCUGGCAAUGCAGUUUGGCUAAACAGAGACAAGACUUCUCCAUUUGAGCUCUAUCAGUUUUUUGUCAGACAACAAGAUAACAUAGUUGAAAAAUACCUGAAACUCUUCACCUUCCUUCCUCUUGAGGAGAUUGACCACAUCAUGGAAAUGCAUGCUAAAGAACCUGAAAAGUGGGGCCCUCAGAAACGACUUGCUGCAGAAGUUACCAAAUUUGUUCAUGGUAGAGAGGGGCUAGAAUCUGCCAAGAGGUGUACUAAGGCCCUUUAUUACAGCAGUGUGGAGGCACUGGAAGCUAUGUCUGACCAAGAGUUACAGGAACUUUUUAGACAAGCUCCUUCAGUUGAAUUGAUGCUUGAACCUGGAAUGAAUGUUCUUGACUUAUGUCGCAAAGCAAAUGCCAUUCUAGAUGGACCUAGUGGGUACCAGAAAAUUACAGCUGGUGGAGUUUCAAUAAAUGGGAUUCGAGUAACUAAUCCUGAGACUGUUCUUAUUCUCGGACAGCAUAUUCUCAAAAAUGGAGUAUCAUUGCUUAGGAUUGGAAAGAAAAAUUACUACAUUAUAAAAUGGCUGCAGUUGUGAAAACAGAAUGACUCCAUAAAACAACGUAUCAUUUCAAGUUUAUUGCUUGAAGAUGGAUCUGUACUGUUCAAUGCUAUGCAGCUCUCAGACUGCCCGGUAUUGUAGUACCAUUCUGAAAAUAUACCAGCAGAAUUCAAAUAAAGGCAG